GCUGGAAUCCAGGGAGCUCCAGCACCGACCGACCCGUGCUCUCCUCCCCUAGCCAUGUGCUCAUUUCCUCCAUCCCACAAGAACCACUUGGUCCCUCUCCCACUGCCCACCCUGGACCCUGGAGAUGGGAGUCCUGUGCAGUACACUCUGUCCCCUCCCCCAACUGCCUCUUCCCGCUGAAAUCCUCCUUUCCUGGCAGCCCCGGGAGGCUCAGAUCUCAUCCACUACCACUCCCCCAUGAGAAUCAGGCCACUACUUCCUGGAUUAUCCUAAAAGCUUCUGAGGCCGUGAGGACUUGGCAACAUCCUGCCUAUCCCCCCACCUCCCUCUUGGGCUCUGACUGUCGCCUCCUGUAUAAAGCCUGGCUCUCCCGUCACCACUCUUGCCCCUCACUGCUGCUGCCAGUUCUGAGCUCCAUGGACCGGUCCCACCUGAGGUGCCCCUGACCGUCCCUACCCUCACCCCACCCCGGAUCCCGGCAAUGCUAACCGCUGUCUGUGGCUCUCUGGGCAGCCAGCACACCGAAGCGCCUCACGCGUCACCGCCGCGCCUCGACCUGCAGCCUCUCCAGACAUACCAGGGUCACACGAGCCCGGAAGCCGGGGACUACCCCUCCCCGCUGCAGCCGGGAGAGCUGCAGAGCCUCCCGCUGGGCCCGGAGGUAGACUUCUCACCGGGCUAUGAGUUGCCGGGGGCCUCCUCGCGGGUAACCUGCGAGGACCUGGAAAGUGACAGUCCCUUGGCCCCGGGACCGUUUUCCAAGCUCCUGCAGCCGGACAUGUCACACCACUACGAAUCGUGGUUCCGGCCGACUCACCCAGGCACCGAGGAUGGCUCGUGGUGGGACCUUCACCCCGGCACCAGCUGGAUGGACCUCCCCCAUACUCAGGGAGCGCUGACCUCACCUGGCCACCCGGGGGCGCUUCAGCCUGGUUUGGGCGGAUACGUCGGAGACCACCAGCUCUGCGCUCCGCCGCCCCACCCGCACCCGCACCACCUCCUCCCGGCCGCUGGUGGGCAGCACCUCCUGGGCCCACCCGACGGGGCCAAGGCCCUGGAAGCGGCGGCCCCGGAGUCCCAGGGGCUGGAUGCCAGCCUGGAUGCGGCGGCCCGACCCAAAGGCUCCCGGCGCUCAGUGCCCCGCAGCUCAGGGCAGACCGUGUGUCGCUGCCCCAACUGCCUGGAGGCGGAGCGACUCGGGGCUCCGUGCGGGCCCGAUGGGGGCAAGAAGAAGCAUUUGCACAACUGCCACAUCCCGGGCUGCGGGAAGGCGUACGCCAAGACGUCGCACCUGAAGGCGCACCUGCGGUGGCACAGCGGCGACCGGCCCUUCGUGUGCAACUGGCUCUUCUGCGGCAAGCGCUUCACGCGCUCCGACGAGCUGCAGCGCCACCUUCAGACCCACACGGGGACCAAGAAGUUCCCCUGUGCGGUGUGCAGCCGCGUCUUCAUGCGCAGCGACCACCUGGCCAAGCACAUGAAGACCCACGAAGGCGCCAAAGAGGAGGCGGCGGCGGCGGCCCAGGGCGAGGCCAAGGCCGGGGGCGUGGUGGAGCCGGCCGGGGGCAAAGGCAAACGGGAGGCUGAAGGCAGCUCGGCAUCCUCCAACUGAGCCCCGUGGGUGGCGCAUCCCUGCAGUUCUUUAUUGGGGAGGGGCGGCCUGAGUAAGAGGCGGGAGGUCGUUAUUUAUUGAUGGUGAGGGCUCAGGGCGAGGAACGCUAGGGGUUUGGUUUUGGUUUUGGUUUUUUUUUUUUUUUUUUUUUUAGUCUCUGGGGCUGAGUGGGAGGCUGUUUGACUAUUUAGGCUGCCAGGAGCUGAACGCGCCCCUCUUCCCUUUCUCACUGUUUCACCCUCCCCUGAGUCGCUGAAUAGUUGGGAUGGAGCACCCCUGCCGUGUGGAGGGGUUCGGCUGGUGGAGGUGGCACGUCCCAGGAGCUGAAGAAAAGCUCGGGGCGGCUCGGGGCGUUGGGGGUAGCUGCCUGGACACGUCUUCAGCUCCUGGGAACCCGGACAUAAAAGCGCCUCGGAGCCGCCCUUCGGCCUAAGUCCCUUUCAUCCCCCUUCUAGUGCUUCUCCCUCUAAAAUUUCCGGAGAGAGAGCAGAGGUGAGGUGGGGGAGCCUGGGGUGGUUCCCCGUAAGGGCUGUUUAUCUAGCUUGGAGGGUUGUUGCUAUAGAAAGAACUCCCUUCAAUGAAUUACUUAUAAAGCCUUCCCGAUCCAGCCUGUAGAGCCGGGAAGGGCACAGCUCCUUAGCCAAGAGCUGUGAGGGUGGGAAGGGAGGUCAGAGCUAGCCGGCGAAGAGGGACCCAGUAGGGCAAAAUGAAACAAAAUGAAAGAAGUUUGGCAGGAGGGGACGGCAGAACUAACCGAUCCUUCCCUUUAUAACUAAGUCAGUCCUUAACUCUUAGACCUUUUGAAAGAAAUCAAAUUCAAGAGUCUGCCUUCCCCUUCCAUUACCCUAGGUAGUUUUCUGAAGUCAACCGCCAGCUCUAGGGUUGACAUAGAUUUCCCCCCAACCCACCCCCCAAGUCCCUAUCCUUUGCUUUUUCUUUGGGGGUGGUAGGGAGAGGGAUCCUUCGGCUCUUUUGGGUUAUCCUAGCAGAGGCACUACAGUGGAAGACCCUGCCCCUGCCUGGACUCCCCUACCCCCCUCUUUUUUUUAGCUUGACCCUCAUGUUCCCUUCAGAGCUGUAGAGUUCUCCCUCUUCCAUCCCCAGGGAAGCAUCUUCCAUGAGAAGAGUCCUUCUCCACUGGAAGGGAUUCUAGGAAGCUGCCUCUGUGUCCCUUUCUUUAGAUGCUAGAGAUACAUUUGGGUUUUGAUCUUUGGGUGGGGAGGGUUAGACCUCUGCCUGGCAGACCGCAGGACCCUGGGGUUGGGGGCACUCUCAGGUUUGAGGAAGAGGCCUUGGGUCUCACCGACCUCUCUCUUGCUCUCUUCUCUCCACCCGGAACCCUCUGCAGGGAAUAGCUGUGUGUUGAUUUUUAAGUUAUAAGCAAAGGGUAUUUUAUUUAAUAAUUAGGGCAUGAGUGUGUAUGUGUGUGUUUGUCUGUCCCUGUACGUAUCUAUGUGUUUCUCUACUGAGCCUGGGGUCUCCUGAGACCCCAUCUUGUUCAGCCUGUCCGAGGUCUGGGGCCUAGACCCACAGCGUCUUUUCCUUCGUUGGCAACGCUGGAGUCCCGUCCAAGGAUUGGGAGCUGUAUGGGAAGUAGGGGCUGGGAUCUGGGUAGGAAUAUGUGUUUGUGUAGGAAGGCCUCCUCCUGAAAAGGGGCAAGGUGACUCCCUGUGGGACCUAGGGGCCUGAGGUAGUUUAAGAAUAAGGUUCUUUCUGUAUUCUCCAUCUUUCCCCGCCUCCUGUUAACCUAGCCAGAGGUCCCCUUUCUUACAAGCAGGGCCUAGGGCAAGAGCAAAGUUGACCAUGCCUGCAGGUUGCCUGGCUAGGUGUAGAGGGGAGAAAGGAGGGCACCGUGGGUGAGCGUGGGAUGCGUUCUCCACCCAUCGAAACCAGCCACCCUCUCCCUGUGCUACCAAGACAACCUCUUCCAGUGACCAUUCUUAGGGGAACUCCUAAACGGGUGUCUGUGGGGGCGCGCGUGGCUGGUUCCCCCUUCCAGAGGCCCCUAAUCCUGAGGCCUGCAGGUGGGGCUACGGAUAGGUUUUUGUCUGUCCUGCUCUUUAUCAGUCUAGGUUUCUCAGCUGCCCGCCCUUCCAGGCAGCUCCCCUAGAGGAAAAUGUAGGAAUUUUUAUUUUUCUUUAACUGCUGUGAACCCACUUGGGGGGCGGGGGAGGAGGCAGAAACAGCCUGUGUUUUUUUUUUUUUUUUAAUGCAACAAUAAAGUCAUCAACCAACCACACUCUGGCUUUAUUCCUCUUCCAGCUCAAUCUCGUAUUUUGACUCUGUUUCUCCGCAGUGAGGACUGGGUAGGGGGGAUCCUCGGGCAAGCGUCACCUCUAUCCAGUUGGCUGGGUCAGAGCUUGGACCUGAUCCUAUCCUUGAGGGGAUGAGGAAAGAAAGGCCGCCUCUGGGCCCGAUAGUCUCCGGUAUCCAUCCACAGAGAAGAGAAGUUUCAAGAUGUUCCCUUCUUCCACAUAUAAGGUCUUGCCUCCCCUAAGAUCCCCUCCCUUCCAAGUGUUGGCUCCCUCUCCCCACCCCCAUGGGAGCAUGCAUGUCAGCAGGUCCCUCUGGCUGUGAGUGAAGUGGGGGUGACUGACAGCGAUUUCUUCACCCAAGGUGAUCCCUAUCAGAGACGAGGCGAUGAAAGGCAGCCAAGAUAUCUGAUGGGCGUCUGCCCAGCUGGAAAGUAUGAGGGAAAGGUUGCUGCUACUACUCAAGGCUAGAAACCUGCCAGGGUUACGCAAACACCCAGUGCCCAGACGCACCCUCACGAGACUAUCUUUGGAGAGACUAGAAAUGCCUGUCCACAGUUGGUACCUAAGUCAUGUCAACUGGGUGAAAAAGCCUCGUGACCCCAGAGGCCCGGUGCUUUGGGAGGUGAUGGGGGACCGGGUUUGGUUUUGUUUUUCUGUCUCUGUAGGACAAGGUUGGUCAUUGUGCUUUCUCCUUCCCAAAGUACCUUUUACUUUUUAUCCCCCCCCCCAAUGUAUUGUUUUUCCCUCAUGGGAUUCUCAUCUCCUACAAACCUUAACCCGACUUUCCAGCAACGUCUGAGAUCGGCUCUCAGAUCGACCCGCUCUAACUAAGAGAUUUGGGGGGGCCUCAGAGUUUAAGGGAACCUUGGGAAAAGUCAUCAGGAUGAUUUAAGGGCUGUAGAGGAAAUCAGAUUGGUGUGUGUGUGAGAGAGAGAGAGAGACGGGGAGAGGACGUGCACAUCUGUUUCCAUCUGUUGCUGGAUUUAGUGUCUCAGAGCCUUGUUCACCUAUGACCUCCUGCCUGAGGCUCUCCUGCGGGGCACCUCUUUGGUCUUCCUGGUUCUGGGGAAAUUAGACCCCCAGAAACCUAGUGAGUCCCUCCUUUUCCCCCUAUCUGCCCCCAGGGACAGGAGGGCAGCUGUAGGGCCGGCUGGGCUUGUCUGGGCAGGACCAGGGCCCUCCCUCCUCCCCUUGCAACUCCUCCAGCUGACCUGCAUUCUUAGCAGGGACCUUUGGUGGGGCUCUGAUGCUUGCCUGAUCCUCUGCAAUGCUGCCUGGCUGGCCUGGGCCCCCCCCCCAAGGAACCCAGGGUCACCUCUGACCCCUCAGAAAUGGCACCCCAGCAGGCUCAUAUUGUACUGGGGAGUCUGGGAGGGAGGGGAAUCGUCAUGUUUGGAUUGACCCUCUGGACGACCUCUCUGAGUCUUCUCCUAACCGGAGAAGUGAAGUAGAAUGCCUCUAGGUUGGGUGAAAGAAGUCAAAAGUGGAAAUGUGACGGACGGCAGCGCGGCGUCGCUUGGAGGCGGUGCUGCCGAGGCGCUCUGGCUUCUCCGGCUCUUCCGUCUGCCUCCUUCACCUUCGGCCUGUCCCGCCCCCCAGCGGACAUCUGGGGAAGUGCAGAAGAGGAACCUGCUUUCCCCGCAGGGCGCCUUGACAGCCUGUGGGUAGGUACAGCCUCCACUGAGGUUUGAGGUGUAAUGGCAUCCAGUGGCAAGUUGGCCCCCUUCCUCCAAGACGCAUGGAAGCGGCUCUUAGGUCCGCAUUAAUGCUGUACUGCCUUAUGGAUGAGCUUACUAGCGAUGUAGGUUCAAAAAUAAUCUUAGAAACAAACUCCACCAAAUAACUGUUAGAACUAAUUAAAUAAUAAAAGGCACAGAACACGGUCAACAAUAAGAAAUAUUUCUUUCAAAAAUGCUGAUGUAUACGAAUAUACACAUGCCAAUACAUGUAUGUAUGUAUGUACACACAUGUGUGUCGUGCCCUUAGAGACUAGAAGAGGGUGUCAAACAUCCUGAAACUGGAGCUACAGAUACUGUAGUAUUUUGAAGAUUAGGAAGAAUGUCAGCUUCAUCCUGAUUUGAAUUCCAAAGAUGCAUUCCCAGUGAGGUCGAAUGAGUAGCCACAAGCCAGGAACCAUAAGGAUAAUUUAAGUUACUUAACUGUAUUGUUUGUUUUAUUUUUCUAAAGAUUUAUUUUUAUUUAGUAAUUAGGAGUAUGUGCACUUGACUGUUGGUGCUCACUGAGGCCAGAAGAGGGCGUUGGACCCGCUGGAGUUACAGGCAAUGUAAACUACCUGUUCCAGGAGCUGUGGGCCCAACUCUGGUCCUCUCUGCAAGAGCAGCAAGUGCUCUUAACCAAUGAGCUGUCCCUCCAGAUCUUGAAAAAUAUUUCCAGCCAGGCAGCAGUGACACACGCCUUUAGUCUCAGCACUUGGGAGGCAGAAGCAGGUGGAUUUCUGAGUUUCAGGCCAGCCUGGUCUACAGAGUGAGUUCAGGACAGCCAGGGCUACACAGAGAAACCCUGUCUUGAUAAACAGAGAGAGAGAAAGAGAGAAAGAUUACUAAUACUAACCUCAAAAUAUUCAAAAUGGGGAAUCAGAAAGCAAUGCCUUUUACAAUAGCCUCCCCCCCCCAAAAAAAAAAAGUACUAAGAAAGCAAAGAGCAGGGAAAUCUGAACACUGAAAAACAAAUUUAUUUUGACUCAAAGAUUCCUGCCCAGGCUGACAUUAAACUCCCUAUGUAACUGAGGAUACCCACAAACUUCUGAGCCUUCUGCCUCCUGGAAUUCCAGGUGCCCUCCACCAUGCCCAGUCUAUGCAAUGCCUCGCUUUGAAUUCAGGGCUCAUACAUGCCAGGCUAGCCCUCUGUCAACUGAGUUACAACCCCAGCCCACAUACAGAAAAUUUUAUUUAAAAAAAAUCACAGAAUGUGUGCACACACAUGCCUCUGUAUGUAUGUACUGCAAGAAUUAAGAUGGCUAAGUAUAGGGCUGGAGAGAUGGCUCAGAGGUUAAGAGCACUGCUUGCUCUCCCAGAGGUCCUGAGUUCAAUUCCCAGCACCCACAUGGUGGCUCACAACCAUCUAUAAUAAAAUCUGGUGCCCUCUUCUCCCAUUCAGGUGUACGUGCAGGCAAAACAUUGUAUACACAAUAAAAUAAAUAAAUAUUUAAAAAAAGAUGGCUAAGUAUUACAGACUCCAUGUGAUCCCUAGAAGUAAUUCCUAGAGGUCAUGGGCACAUACCUGUAGGAGAUGCAUUUUCUUCAGUGUCGGCUGAAGAGAUGAUUCAUAGAGAACAAAUGGACUGAAAAACCCGAAAGCAUUUAAAGUCUGAAUUCAGCUCCACACUGUAUGUCCCUCUUAGCCCACGUUUCUCCUUUGCUGUCUCAUUUUCAUUGUAAGCAGAAGGCAGAAGUGUUACAUUUUUUGUGUUUUGUUUUUUUUUUUUUUUUUGCAACUGAAAUUUCUAAAUCUCCUUUCCAGUUUAUCUUUCUAUACUCUUAAGCACUUAAGGGGCAGACCAGAACUUGAGUUUUUGGAGACAGACUGAUUUUGCUUACGUCUCCUUGUGACGUGGGGGGAGGGGCACAUGGAGGCCGGGGAGAUGGCUCAGUCAGUUAAGGGUUCGGACAAUAAGGUGCCUGAGUUCUAGGUCCAGCACCUCAUGAAUUUACAACCCCAGCCCUGGCAGGCGGAGACAGGAGGCCCCCUGGGUUGGCGGGCCAGGCAGUGUAACAAAAACAGCAAGAUACAGGCUUAACAAGAGGCCGUGCUCAAAAAAAUAAGGUGGAGGAAAACUCCCAGCGUUGACCUCUAGUCCGCACAAGCAUGCACAUACGUGCUCCUGAUCCUAAGAUACGACAUCUAAGGUUGAAAAUUAAGGAGCCAGAGAGACCGUUCAGCAGUUAGAGGGGACACGGAUCUUGCAGAGCACCCGAGUUUGCUCUCUAGCGUCAUGUCAGGUGGCUCACAACCACCCGUAAUUCCAGCUUCAAGGGAUGGAACACCCUUUUCUGGCUUCCACAGGCACAUGCACUCUCAUACAUGGACCCACACCCCCCCAACACACACAUAAUUACAAAAUUAAGGAAUUUAUUUUAUGUGUAUAGAUGUUUUGCCCCUAUGUGCAUCUGUGUACCACAUAUGUGCCUGGUGUCCACGGAGGCCAGAAGAGAGCAUCGGAUCCCCUGAAACUGGAAUUACAGACGGCCGUGAGCCACUGUACGGGUGCUGGGAAUCGAACCCAAGUUCUCUUCAAGACCAGCCAGUGCUCUCAGACACUGAGCUAUCUCUCUUGUACCUAAGAGGUCUUUGUUUGUUUGUUUGGUUGGUUGGUUGUUUUGAGACAGGGUUUUUUUUUCUCUCUCUCUCUUUUCUUUUUAAGACUUAUUUAUCUAUUAUGUAUACAGUAUCCUGCCUGCAUGUGUGUUUGCAGGCCAGAUCUCAUUAUAGAUGGUUAUGAGCCACCAUGUGGUGGCUGAGAAUUGAACUCAGGACCUUUAGGAAGAACAGUCAGUGCUCUUAACCUCCAAGCCAUCUCUCCAGCCCCGGUUUCUCUUUUGUAGUGCUGGCUGUCCUGGGACUUGCUCUGUAGACCAGGAUGGCCUUGAACUUACAGACAACCUCCAUCUCUGCCAGGCUAUUUCACUAAUUUUUAAAAGAUUUAUUUUUAUGCCAGGCAGUGAUGGUGCACGCCUUUAAUUCCAGUACCCAGAAGACAGAGGCAGGCAGAACCCUGAGUUCGAGGCCAGCCUGGUCUACAGAGCUAGCCAGGGCUACAGAGAAACCCUACCUCGGGAAAAAGAAAGAAAGAGAGAGAGAGAGAGAGAGAGAGAGAGAGAGAAGAAAGAAAAGAGGAAGAAAGAGAGAAAGAAAGAAAGAAAGAAAGAAAGAAAGAAAGGAAAGAGGAAGAAAGAGAGAAAGAAAGAAAGGAAGGAAGAAAGG